AUGGCAGCAGCGACAACUACACCAGGCAGCAGUGGCAUCCAAGUUGCUGAGCUGGCUCCCUCGCUGGCGCAGCGUGCGCAAUGCUUUCCUGCCGCCCAGCCCUACCAAGGUUUCCGCACGGACCUGCUGGCAGCUGUGGCCAACGCAACUUAUGGGCGACCCGCCGUACAGAGCGAAGUGUGUGCGCUCGGCGGGGUGGAGCUGGUACUGGCACAGUGCCAGCUGGACCGGCACUCGCCGCUUGCACGAGAGUGGGCGCUAUGGGGGGUGCGCAACCUGUGUGAGGGCAAUGCGCAAGCGCAGGAGGCAAUCCGCCAGCUGCAGCUGUGCACGACUGUGGACAAUGAGGAGUUGAAGCGGAUGGGUGUGCGAAUGGAGCUGGACGAACACUCGGGAAAGUUGCGGGUGAUCAAGCGGGAGACAGCGGCUUCUGCGCGUCGGGCGACAGGACCACCAGCUCCUGCGCCGCAAACAACUGCUGCAACGGUGCCUCAUGGCUACGUGCCGCGGGCCAGCGGUCAGCGUGCAUGCCCUCCAGCGCAAAUCGCUUCACUGCGCCCGUGA